AUAAGUUGUUAAUAUUUAAUUGUUACGCUGAUAAGUACUUGAAAUUUAAUCAUAUUAUUAGUUGUAAAGAGCUGAGUACUGAGUGCGGACGCGUCUACGGUUUAUAUUAAAAACUAUUGCCAUAUUCAAAACCAGUGAGUUUUAAUAUGGCUAAAGUUAGCGUUGAUUUACCAGAUAUUGAGAAUUUAUUAUCUCUAAAUCCCAGAGUGAGAAAUUAUUCCAAUUUGGUUCCCUCUAGCCAGACUAAAAAAAAUAAAGAACAUUGGAAGAGAAACAGCAACAAGAAAUGCCAGGAGUGUCCAUCCUUAGAGAACAACUUCGCUGAUGUAAAACCAACCACAUUGAGUGAAAGAGGUGCUUUAAGAGAAGCUGCGAGAUGUUUAAAGUGUGCUGAUGCUCCUUGUCAAAAAUCAUGCCCCACUCAACUCGACAUCAAAGCUUUUAUUACCAGCAUUGCGAACAAAAAUUAUUAUGGAGCUGCCAAACAAAUCUUCUCCGACAACCCGUUAGGUAUUACCUGCGGGAUGGUGUGCCCAACCAGCGAUUUAUGCGUUGGUGGAUGUAACCUUCAAGCUUCUGAAGAGGGCGCCAUCAAUAUUGGUGGACUUCAACAAUUUGCUACCGAAGUUUUUAGCAAAAUGGGCAUUAAACAGACCCGAGACCCAAGAACUCCAGUGCCUAAGAACGCAUCUGCAAAGAUUGUAUUGAUUGGUGGUGGUCCGGCUUCUUUAUCAUGUGCCACCUUUUUAGGAAGGUUGGGCUACAACAAUAUUACAAUUUAUGAGAAAAACCAUACUUUGGGUGGACUCAGCACAUGGGAGAUUCCGCAGUAUCGUCUGCCUAUUGAUGUUGUAAACUUUGAAAUAAAUCUUGUUAAAGAUUUGGGAGUUAAGUUUGAAACUGGAAGAAGCCUUUCUACUAAAGAUUUAACAGUUGAAGGAUUGUUAAAGGAUUCUAAGGCUAUUUUUAUUGGUAUUGGUUUACCACAACCUAAGAUCAACCCACUAUUCAAAGAUUUAUCUGAAGAAAACGGCUUUUACACUUCCAAAAGCUUUUUACCUAAAGUUUCUUCUGUGAGUAAAAGAACGGGUUGCCCAUGCAAACAAACUGAAGUUGCACUGCCAAAAUUACAUGGUACUGUGAUCGUACUGGGUGCAGGAGACACUGCAUUCGAUUGUGCAACAUCUGCUCUCAGAUGUGGUGCCAAAAAAGUAUUUGUAGUGUUUAGAAGAGGAUUUACAAAUAUAAGAGCAGUUCCUGAAGAAGUAGAAGUAGCUGUCGAAGAGAAAUGUGAGCUGGUAGGAUUUCUAUCGCCUCAUAAAGUUAACCUUAGGGGCGGCAGAAUAGUUUCUGUAACUUUUAGCAGAACGGAACAAAAUGAAGACGGCAAAUGGAUUCAAGACACUGAACAAUUGACAACUUUAAAGGCUAACUAUCUUAUUUCUGCUUUUGGUUCUGGCUUGGAAGACCCUGAAACAAUCGAAGCUUUGAAGCCUCUGAAGCUCAAUGAUUAUAAUUUACCAGUAGUAAACGUAAACAAUUUGUCUUCGUCUCAUCCAUCUGUGUGGUGUGGUGGGGAUAUUGCUGGAGUUGCUGAAACUACAGUUGAAGCAGUAAAUGAUGGAAAAACAGCAGCUUGGUUUAUGCAUUGUUAUUUACAAGGUAUUCCUCCGGAUACUAAACCACAAUUACCUCUUUUCCACACUGACGUUGAUGAAGUGGAUAUUUCGGUUGAAAUAUGUGGUAUUAAGUUUGAAAAUCCAUUUGGUUUAGCUUCGGCUCCGCCUGUCACAAGUACUCCUAUGAUUAGGAGGUGUUUCGAGCAGGGAUGGGGAUUUGUAGUUACUAAAACCUUCUGUUUGGAUAAAGACAGUGUUACGAAUGUGUCACCCAGAAUUGUAAGAGGAUCAACAUCAGGUCACGUUUACGGACCUCAGCAAGGCUCAUUCUUGAACAUCGAAUUAAUUUCUGAAAAAUGUGCAGCCUAUUGGUGUCAAGGCAUCAAAGAAUUAAAGGCAGAUUUUCCUGAAAAGGUAAUAAUCGCCAGCAUAAUGUGUUCUUACAACAAGGAUGACUGGGUCGAAUUGGCCCAAAUGGCGGAAGCUUCGGGUGCGGAUGCUUUAGAAUGCAACUUGAGUUGUCCACAUGGUAUGGGUGAAUCUGGCAUGGGUUUAGCUUGUGGACAAAAGGAAGAGUUGGUGAAGGGUAUCUCCGAAUGGGUCAGAGCAGCAAUUAAAAUUCCAUUUUUCAUCAAAUUAACGCCUAAUAUAACUAACAUAGUUACCAUCGCAAAGGCAGCUUAUGAAGGCGGGGCUAGUGGAGUAAGUGCAAUUAAUACUGUAUCCGGAAUAAUGCAUAUUAAAGGCGACGGAGCAGCUUGGCCCUACAUUGGAAAAGACAGAAGAACUACUGCUGGAGGAGUAAGUGGCAAUGCCACAAGACCUAUGGGACUAAAAGCUGUUUCCCAUAUAGCAAACGCACUUCCAGGUUUUCCAAUUCUUGGUAUCGGAGGUAUUGAUUCUGCGGAUGUUGCCAUGCAAUUCUUGCAAUGCGGAGCCUCCGCAGUUCAGAUUUGUAGUGCUGUGCAAAAUCAAGAUUUCACUCUCAUUGACGAUUAUUGUACUGGUCUGAAAGCCUUAUUGUAUUUGGAUGGAAAAUUGCCAGGAUGGGAUGGUCAAAGUCCUCCAACCUUUAAACAUCAAAAAGGCAAACCUGUACAAUCUUUGUAUGACCAUAAUGGCAAAAAAUUGCCGCAUUUCGGAAAGUAUAAGAUAGAAAGAGAGCAACAACUUGAAAAAUUAUACCUUGAGAACAAAGUGUCUGAAACCUUAACUCCACAUCAUGAAGGAAAGAUUUGUGGUUACAGUAAUGGAGAGUUAACUAACGAACAUACGGAUAUACCUAAGGUUAAGGAUAUUGUUGGUAGAUCGUGUUCAAAAAUUGGUGCUUAUAAACAGUUGGACAAUUCUAAACAAGUUGUCGCUUUAAUCGAUGAUGAUAUGUGCAUUAAUUGCGGUAAAUGUUACAUGGCAUGUAACGAUUCCGGUUACCAAGCAAUAACAUUCGAUGCUGAGACCCACAUUCCACAUGUGACGGAUGAUUGUACAGGUUGCACGAUGUGCCUUUCAGUUUGCCCAAUAAUUGACUGCAUUACAAUGGUGCCGAAGACUAUACCACAUGUUAUCAAAAGAGGUCGUCCCGGAGAUAAGAUAGUAGGAAUUCAUGCUUUGUCAAAGGUUUAAAUUGAUUCGUCGAAGAUGAUUAAAAUUCAAUGACUACAUUGUAAUAAAUAAAUAUUUGAUAUUAUUAAUUAAAA